AUGGAGGGAACAAGCAGCCCGAGUCAAGCCCCAUUAAAUGAGCAAGAAUUGGUUGAUAUCUUCAUAGAGGCUCAAGAUCCUGACUACUUCCACCACCUCACAUACGCAAUGGGAAGACCGUUUCACACAGCAAUCAAAAUUGGAGAAAUGGUCGAAAGUGGUCUCAAAACAGGAAGGAUUGUGAGCCAAGCGGCAAUCAAAGCUACCACACAGGCCAUUCAAGGUGGUUCAACAAGUUUUGGAAAUCUCAAAAGGAAAGAGGAAGUUAUUUCACUGGCAUCAGGGUCAAGGGGAGCUCAGAGAAAGUCUAAUUGUCCUUACACAUCAAAAAAGAAAUUCACUCCACUGGGAGAGUCGUACUCCAGCUUGUUUCAAAAGUUAAGAAAGAUAGAAGCAAUUGAGUGUAUCCCACCACAUCGUCUGAAUCCAAAUGCUCUAGGUUUCCAAGCCAAAGAAAAAUGUGAAUACCAUUCAGGAGCCCCAGGACACAGCACUGAUAAUUGUUGGACCUUGAAGGGAGCAAUAGAAAAGUUGAUCGAGCAUGGAGUUGUUGUUGUGACGGAUGAUCAAAACACUUCCAAUGUGACCAAUAACCCACUUUCAUCUGAAACCAACUUAGUGGGUAUGGUUUGUGAUGAUCAAGAGUACAAACUCCUCAGCAAAAUGGGAAAGUUGUUUAGGAAGAUCGGAAAAGAAGACAAGUCAAUGAAGAGUUUAGAACGAGUUGCAUCUCUGAGUGUGGAAGGUAUCAAUCUUGACACCAAAGUCUUGUGCGUCCCGGGGGUUUCAAAGGGGAUUGAAGUUAGAGCAGCUUCGCCAAAGUUGUAUGUAUCAAAAGGCUUUUCAUUAACACAACAUGACCAAAGUGGCUUGACCAAGUUGAAAGAGACUAUUUUUGUUAAGCCCGUUCAACAACUUCCAGUAAUUGAUGCAAAGGUUGUCCCUUGGAACUAUAACAAAACCGCAGUGGUUUAUCGAGGAAAGGAGAUUUUCGAAGAAGUUGGUGAAGAGGGGGGCUUGACACGCUCUGGAAGAUGUUAUUCUCCAGAAGAAUUAAGAAAAGGGAAGAUGACUGAAAAUAUCCAAGUACCACUAAAGAAAGCAGUUACUGAAGAAGAAAAUGUAGAAUUUCUAAAAAAGCUUAAGGUUCCAGAUUACUCUGUCUUGGAACAAUUGAAGAAGACGCCUGCACAGAUUUCACUGUUGUCUCUACUUUUGCACUCAAAUGAACAUCGUCUUGUGUUGAAUAAGGUUUUGAAUGAAGCACAUGUGGCAAAAGAGACAACAGUAAAUCAGUUGGAGAAUAUGACCAAGCGUGUCUUCGAGUCAAACAUCAUCACUUUCACUAAUGAUGAGUUGCCCAAGGAGGGAGCUGGACACAAUAAAGCUUUGCAUCUUACAGUGACAUGUGAAGGUUGCUAUGUAAAGAGGGUCAUGAUAGAUGGAGGGUCAGGGGUAGACAUAUGUCCUCUUUCUACGCUGCAAAGCUUGAAAGUUUACACUGACAAAAUUUGCCCCAAUAAUGUAUUUGUGCAAGCUUAUGACGUCUCAAGGAGGGAUACCAUUGGUUAA